AUGGCAGACAGCUCAAACGACGGCAGAAUGGGUAUCACUCUCACAGUAAACAUCUCCAUGACCAAUGUAAGGUCAGGUCAGGGUCUCCCAGGGCCUGAUGUGCCAUCCCUUAACCCUUCCCCUUCCCCCCUCCAUUCCAGCAUCAUCAUCUCGUGGUGGGAAGUGCCGGUAGUUACCAGAGGCCAGUUACCAACGCAACUUAAACCCAUUUACACUAAGACAAAACCCUGCUUUUCCUUCAUUCUGAUUGGCUACUCGUCGACAAGGGCCAGAACAUGCGUAGGUGAGGCCGAAUGCGUAAGGGAAGUCGACCCUCAGAUUCUGUACGGCGGUCGGAAACUCUACCUCGAGGAAAUGGCGAGCAGAAUCUCCUUGGCGUUGGCGCUGCUGGUGGUCGCGCUGGCGGUCGUGGCCUCCGGCAGGAUUCUCGACGGAGUGGACGACCUUAAUGGCUUAGAGGGCGACGACCUGCUGCUGACGGACACGGUGUUCACGGACGAAGACGCCGACGAGAGCGGCAUGCCCUCGGACGUCCCAGCCACCGACAGGGGUUUGAGUGCGUCGUUUGGGAAUAUCGUGUACAGCGUGAUCGGCUUCGUGCUGGGAGGCUCUCUGAUGUUCAUCUCGCUGUUCGACAUCACCAGGAAACCGGUGAUCAUGUUCUUCGACCAAGUUUUCGGCAUGAAGACCAACCGCCGACGUCGGAGGGAAGCUGGCUACGGUCUGGAGUCGAGGGUCGCCGUUGCCUUCGACACCCUGGCGGCGGCGCUCGACAAGAUGGAGACCAUUGCAAAGAUCGCCAACAGCAUGUAG